AAAUUUUGUUUGGUUUUGACAACCCUUGUUGAAAACAGAGGACCCCGUGAGUGGACUUCAGCACAUUUGUCUGCCACAAAAAUCACUCUCUUCUUAGACUUUUCCAUCACCUGCUUUUACAAAAAUGGCCUCCUCCUACUUGAAUUAAUCAAUUUUGAUGCAGCAGAAUGGACAGAGGAAUUUGCAUGUUAAUGGAGUAGUAAGAAUUUGGAGAGUACUAAUACCGUAAUUUCUUGAAUAAUUCCGAAUGGUUGUGUCCGUGAAUGGCAGCUUAUUCAGAUUUCUAUAAGAAUCCACUCUGUUUCUCUCGCUUUCACUUGAAUAGCACUUAUGCAGGGCAUGCUUCGUUUGCUUCAACAGUUACGCAGAUUCCACGUUUCCAUGUCACCUAACAAGAAGAAACUCACUUCCCGUCAAACCAAUAGUCCAAACCAAACCAAAACCGAAACCAAAAACAAAACACCCUCUCUCCACCAAACUAAAAUCUCAAACUCUGAUUGAGAUGUUUUUCCGUUCUUUCAUGUCUUCUCUUGCGUUCUUUCUUUUCCUUCUACUCCUUUCAUUUUGCACCCACCAUGCAAUCUUUGUCACCAAAUCUCCACCGAAUGAGCCUUUCCUGGAAUCCCGCAUGGACGGUUCUUCCAAAUUCCCCGUUUCGCAUAAAGAAACAUUCAAAAUCCAUUCCAAAGCCAGGAAAUUGGAGUCCACCAAUGUUAUCAUCAGAGGAAACGCAACCGUUCAUAGUUUUAACCGUACCUUCGAGCUCGGUUUCUUUAGCACAAAUGGGGAAUCCAAUUGGUAUUUAGGAAUCUGGUACUCUUCUGUUCCUACUCAAAUCCGCGUUUGGGUUGCCAAUCGUGAAAAACCCAUCAAAAAUAUCACCCAAUCUUCACUAGAAAUCACUGAGACAGGACAGUUAGCGGUAAAGGAGUCGGCAUAUUCAGUCGUUUGGCAGAGCACAAACACGGAGAAAGCAAAAAAGUUCGAUCUUUUAGAGAGUGGAAACCUGGUGCUGUAUUCAUCAGAAGGUUCAAAAAUAUGGCAAAGCUUUGAUCAUCCAACGGAUACGUGGCUUCCAGGGAUGAACGUCACCGCCCAGCGAUCUUUAACCUCCUGGAAGAGCUUGUUUGACCCAUCUCCAGGACAUUUCUCUUUAAGGCUAAAUCCGCAAGAGUUCAACGAGUUUGAGCUAGUUUACAAUUCAACCGAAGUGUAUUGGUCCACCGGGAACUGGACGGGGACAGCUUUCGCCAAUGUGCCACAAAUGACAAUCCGUUAUAUUUACAAGUUCCAUUUCUCUGACCCUUACUUGCCGACAGCGUCGUUUUGGUACACAGAAAGAGCGCUGGAUAACGGAUUGGAGCCGCCUUUGACAAGGUUUCAGGUUGAUGUCAACGGCCAGCUGAAGCAAUUCACGUGGUCGCCGCAGACAGAGUAUUGGAACAUGUUUUGGUCAGAACCGGAGGAUAAGUGCAAAGUUUACGGUUUGUGCGGUUCUUUUGGAUCUUGUGUAAGUACAGCUUUAAAACCUUGUGUUUGUCUUAAUGGCUUCAGGCCUGUGGAUGAUGAGGGUUGGAACUCUGGGGAUUUUACCAGUGGUUGUAGACGAGAAACUGACGAUUUUUGCGAGGAUAAUGAUGGAUUUGAGGAGGUAGGUGAUGUAGGAUUUGAUGGAAGGACUACGGUGUCGUUCCAAGCUAGUAGGAGUUCUUGUGAGAAGUCUUGUCUGAGUAAAUGUUCUUGUAUUGGGUUGUAUCAUAAUGGGAGGACUAAUCUGUGUAAGAAUGUGUAUGGGUCUUUGUUGAAUUUGAGAAAUUUGAGCUCUGAUGGUAUGAAUGAAAAUGUCUUUUAUAUUAGGGUGCCAAGAGAAGGAAUUGGGAAGAAAAAUGUGUCUAAAACCAUGGUUUUGGUUGGUAGCAUUGUUGGGUCUAUUGCAGUACUUGCGUUCGUGGGGUUGAUUUUGUUGGUUUUGAGAAAGAGAAGAGAGAACAAGAAGGGGAGGGAUGAAGAUGGUGUUUUCCCAGGGUUGAAUCUCAAGGUAUUCACUUACAAAGAGCUUAAUAGUGUGACUCGAGGGUUUUCAGAGAAACUGGGGCAUGGUGGAUUUGGUGCGGUCUUUCGAGGUGAGUUAUCAGAUUCUACUCCUGUUGCUGUUAAACGCCUUGAAAGGCCAGGGAGUGGUGAGAAAGAGUUCCGGGCAGAGGUGUGCACAAUUGGCAACAUACAACAUGUCAAUCUUGUGAGACUCAGAGGGUUUUGCUCUGAGAAUUCUCAUAGAUUACUAGUUUAUGAUUACAUGCCCAAUGGUCCUCUGAGUGCAUACUUACGCCGAGAUUGUCCUCAUUUGUGCUGGGAUGUUAGGGUCCGGGUGGCGGUUGGCACUGCAAGAGGCAUAGCAUAUUUACACGAGGAAUGUAGGGACUGCAUCAUUCAUUGUGAUAUCAAACCCGAAAACAUUCUCUUGGAUAGUGAUUACAUGGCAAAGGUAUCAGAUUUUGGAUUAGCAAAGCUUGUUGGCAGGGAUUUUAGCAGGGUAUUAGCCACAAUGAGGGGUACUUGGGGCUAUGUUGCCCCAGAAUGGAUAUCUGGUUUGGCAAUUACACCAAAAGCCGAUGUUUAUAGUUAUGGGAUGACAUUGUUGGAAUUAAUCGGUGGCCGCAGAAAUGUGGAGGCAUCACAAUCUGCAGGAGAUGCCAAUGCAUUUGGUGAGGGAGCAAACGGGGAAAAGUGGUUUUUCCCUCCAUGGGCAGCACGCCAAAUAAUUGAGGGCAAUGUGGCUGCAAUUGUGGACGGUAGACUUGGUGUUUCAUAUAAUCUUGAGGAGGCUGAGCGUCUUGGUUUAGUAGCAAUCUGGUGCAUACAAGAUGAAGAGGAAAUGAGGCCUACGAUGGGGAUGGUAGUAAAGAUGUUAGAGGGAGUGGUGGAAGUGGCCAUUCCUCCACCACCCAAACUGAUACAGGCACUAGUUGCUGGCGAGUCUUAUCGUGGGGUUAGAAUGGAUUCUGGUAUGUCUACAGCUGGUGGAUGCUCAGACUAUAAAGUUGGAUUUUCGAGUGCUGGUUCACGGUCAUCUCUUGGUAACUUCUCUUCCCCAGUGGAUGAGAAUUUGGAGUUCUAAUUGACAAGAUUAUUGAUGAUAACUGACUAAAGUUGAAUACAAAGUCAUUAUCUCUGUUUCCAUAUCUUCCAAAAUUUUUAUAUUAGCCUUCUUUUCUCUGUCUGCUUUCGUAUGUUAAAAAUGUACGAGAUGCUAGAGAUCAUGCAGAUGUAAAUCGAGUUGAUGCUUCUGAAAGUUUUGCUUCCAUGGAAUUUCAAAAUGAUAUGAAAAUGAACUACAUUCAAAAGCCCAAUCAUGUGUAUGUAUAUAUAAAAGCAUUCAGGCCAACUGCCAGUUGAAUGAUAAUUGAAGUUCUAGUUCUUGUUACAUGAAAUGAUUGCUAUAUGUGUUGAUAAACGAUUAAGCCAUGCCAAGAAUCAGAAAAAGGUAAAUGACGGCCCUCAAUUAGAAAGCCAAUUUUGUUAGAUGAAUCUCUAAUUUCAACUUUGGUUAAGUAGUUCAUUCUGCUCAGUUUGUUUAAAACACGCUUCAUUUCUCGUAAAAGGGUUGGCAGGGUGU